GAAUUUUAGAGCAGAAAGCAGAAGCAGAAAGAAAAAUAUUAUCUAGUUUAUCUUCAAUAAAUUAUUAAGUUUAUUGUUUUGUUGACUACAAUUUUUGACGUAUAAUAUAUUCUGAUUAGUGAUUGGAAGAUAUAACUUGAAAAUAUAACGCAUUUUCAUAUGAAUCAGUAACCAAGUUGAAAAUGUCAGGAUUUAUGAGUCAAAUGAGUAGAUGUUCUACUGGAGGUAGAAGAUCAGAAGACACAAUGGAUGAUGACACAGAUGAUAAAGAUGAUACAAAACGGAAAUCCCGCAAUUUAAGUGAGAAAAAGAGGCGAGACCAAUUCAAUUUGCUUAUAAACGAACUCUCUUCCAUGGUUUCUACAAACAGCAGGAAAAUGGACAAAUCUACAGUUUUAAAAUCAACAAUAUCGUUCCUAAAAAAUCACAAUGAUCUAGCUGUUAGAUCAAGAGUGCAUGAAAUCCAAGAGGAAUGGAAGCCAGCUUUUCUUUCAAAUGAAGAAUUUACUCACUUAAUUUUGGAGGCACUAGACGGUUUUAUCAUGGUGUUCUCUUCUUCUGGAAGGAUUCUUUAUGCUUCUGAAAGUAUCACAGCUCUUCUAGGACAUCUUCCUAAUGAUCUGUUAAACAUGACAAUCUAUGAUGUUGUGUAUGAUGAGGACCAGUCACAGUUGUACAACAUGUUUCUAAAUCCUGUUACCAAUGUUCUCUAUGAGAAUAAUAAAGAUAAUCAAGUAGCGUUUGUGUGCCAUUGCAAGCGAGGUAGUCUGGACUUUUCAGAAGAAGUUACUUAUGAGUUGGUCCGAUUUGUCGGUUACUUUAGAGCAGACAUGGAAUCGUUGCAGAUAGAUGGAGGAGGGAAUAACCGUUAUAGUGGGUACUCUGGUGAAGCUGACACAAGAUUGGUGUUUGUUGGAACUGGCCGUCUUCAGACCCCCCAGUUGAUCAGAGAAAUGUCCAUUGUAGAUUCAUCUAAAAGUGAAUUUACAUCAAGGCAUAGUCUAGAGUGGAAAUUCCUAUUCUUAGACCACAGAGCUUCCCAAAUAAUUGGUUACCUUCCCUUUGAAGUGCUUGGAACUUCAGGAUACGACUACUACCACGUGGACGAUCUUGACAAAGUCAUCAUGUGCCAUGAAGCUUUAAUGCAGAAAGGAGAGGGCACGUCUUGUUAUUACCGGUUCCUGACCAAAGGCCAACAGUGGAUCUGGCUACAGACCCGGUUCUACAUCACUUAUCAUCAGUGGAACUCCAAACCUGAGUUUGUCGUCUGCACCCACAGAGUGAUCAGCCACAUAAAUGUAGUGAAGCAGUUACGGAAGGAUCCAGACUCAUCUGCAGAACAAAGUCAAGAAGCUCCGUUCAGCAGAGAACCUCCGCGAGAGUCUUCACCCUGGGCAUCCAAUAGCAGAUCACCCGGUAACAAAAACUCACAGCAGUAUGACAUGAAGAGGUUCCCCACACCUAGCAGAGGUGGGGGAGAGUCUGAUACUUCUUUGUCAGCUGACUCCGUGGCUUCCAGACACUCUCAGAUCACUUCUCCAAGUGUGAGAUCACGAUGUGUGAGCACCACUGGCUCCAAGAUGGCUGCCCCGACCACUAAGAGUACACCAGUGCCCGAGUUUAUAGAGCCACCAGCCACCUACGCAGUGACAGCCAUUCCACUUCAACCUGUCGCCUUCGCUGCCCCCACCACCUUAGUCACCACAGUGCCCACGUCUGAGGUGGGCGACUUACACCUAGGCGUGCUUAAUGUACCUCUGAGACAACCCUUGGUAAUGAGCUCCUCUCAGUCACAGAUUCAGGAUCAGCUGCAGAAGAAGCACGAGCAGCUUCAGCAGCUGAUAGUGCAGCAACAGGAAGAGUUGAGGAGGGUCUCAGAACAGCUGUUCAUGGCCAGAUAUGGUCUGCUGCAGCCUCUCAUCAAUGUGACCAUGCCAUACACAGUUCCUGCCACGGCACCUCACCUCACUGUUGCUGCCACUACUCCGGCAGAGAUAUUUGUACCUGGACAUCCUGUGCAGCGGCCACACAUCAUGAUUGAUCCUCAUCAGGUAAACUAUCAGCAAGCGCAGUCAUCUGAUGAAGCAAUGCAGCACUUUCAGUUUCCUGUGCAGCAAGCGCAGCAACUAUUGUUCUCUCAGAAUCUGGACUCUCCCAACUCAACCCAACACAGUCAAUAAACUAGCGGUGCAAGGGCGAACUUAAGUUGUCCAAACAUUUAGACAUUUUGAAAAGUAUAGUAGCCAGCGGAAAAAUAGUAUGGGCCAAUAUGACAACUUUUCACUCUACAUAUAGUUUUCAUCAUAAUAUUACUGAAUUACUGUAAUUAGAUUGUAAUAUCUCCACCAUGGACUAAUUUCAAUCUGUCUUAGUAGGAUUUGUCAUGUGAUUUGUGGGUUUUAAGUUCAGUUGUAAAAUAUUUUUACAUAAGGGCCAAAAUGAAAUAACAUAGACGUUAUUUUUGAAACUAUUACAAUACAAGUGCUAGAAAUAUGAAUGCAUUUCCAACAAAACAGGGUAUUAGACAAUAAUUACUUGAUGGUAUAUUUCUUUUCUAAAUAUACUACUGAAGAAAGCGUUGCUGUAAUAUUUUUAUGAAAUACAUUUUUAUGUGCGUAUUCCAACAGCUAAACAGAGAAACUAUUUUUCUAAACAUAUACUGUAGAAAAUAAAUCUAAUAUAUCUAAGAGAAGAAAGUAUAUCUUAUUUGAGCUAUUCUUUCUUAUAUCUUAAAAGAUGAAAGUAUAUCUUAUAUACUUAUUAUAUAGGUAAAAAAUAUAUAAAUGUGAAACUUCUAGGCUGGUUAAACAUUUUAAAUAUCGAGCUACCAGCCACUUUUUACUCUGAGCUUGGAGUUUAAAAAAUUUUCAUCUAACUUGUGGUAAAAUAAACCUAAUAGGAGAAUCUUUUAAUGUAUUUAAGUUAUGUUCAUUUUAUCUCUCUCUUUGGGAUUUUUAAUACAGACAAUGCAAUAGAGUUGAUUAAUUUUACAUCUGUAUGUGUGGCUUAUUAAAAAAAAAAAAAUUGAAAAGAUUUAGAGAGAGCAAAAAGAAAACACAUUGAACUAAGAAGAUUAGUUUAUUGCUCGUUAAUUAAUUAUAAUCUUUAUCAUUCAACUAUAGGCCUACUAGCUGUGGUAUGAAUACAAAAUAGAUUUUUCCCCUGAAAAGAAUUAAUGUUUCUCACGUACAUCAUUUCUCAAUGUUGUAAAAUAUGUAAUAAUGUAGAUGUACGUAAUUUCAUAUACGUAACACAUAAUUUUACCUCACCAUUUUAUGACUCUUUAUUUGUUAUUUUGUAUAUUUUAGAUCAUCCUUUGAUUGAAUGUGGCUGUCUAAGUUCAUGCCUGCUUUUGGUGUAAAUAUGUAUGUGUGUUGUUAGUUAAUCAUAUCUUUAGAUUAAUUUGUAGGUAUUGUCGUACACCAACAAUUAUAGGUGUUUAGUUGUUUCUGAAAGAAUAUUUUACAGUCAAACCUUGAUAUAAUGAACUCCUUGAUGUAAAAGACCUCAAUAUAACAAAUUGUCAUUGUAACCAAUUUGUGAAAUCCCUGUGAAAUGCCUAUAAGAAUAUACAAUCUUUACUACAAACAAACAAAUGUUUCAAAACUCUAACCAGUUAAGUUUAUCUCUAUAUAUUUUUUAAAUAUAAACCUUCCAUUUUGGAAAUCAUCCUUUUUGAAGCAAACAUUCCAGUAUUUUAUUUUGUAUUUGUAUGUUAUAGCAAUUUACAAAAAUCAACUUUUUGUCUUGAAUGCUAUCAGAUUACCUUUGUUGUUGUAGCCUCUAGUUCUUCAGUGGGUAAUAUUUUUGUAUCACAUAAAAAUAAUAAUGUGAACCUCUUUUAGUGAAGUAUUGUCUAACCCUUUUAAAUACAACGAAUGUCAAUGUAAAAAAUCCUUGAUAUAAAGAACUAUGUUCUCAAGUCCAUUCAAAAAUUUCAAGGUUUGACUGUGUUCAAUGUUAUAGUUAUGCGUUUGAUCUACCAAUCGUUUACAAAUUUCCCUGCAGAGUAAGUUGAUCUCUUUAACUUAGGAAAUCAUCAAUUUGAGGUUAUAUUUGACAAUCCACUAAUACAAUUUUUAAUGUAACUUUUUGUCCUGUUUAAAUUUUUAUUAAGUUUGAUUAAUUAAUUUUAAAUGUGUUGGUGUAAACUUUUUUGUAUCACAUAAAAUCAAAUAAAUACAAACUCUUAAUUGACCAUUCUGUUCCUGAAAAGUAUAAUAAAUAAAUGUGUGUUUUAAAUGUUAUUGUGUACAUGUUGGUGUGAUAUUGAAUUGGUGGUAAUUAAUUCAAUUAUUUAAAGUGGUUGUAUUCUACAGCAGAAAUGUGGUAAUACAGAUUUGUUAACCGUGGAGAAAACUUUUUUAAAUAUUUGUGAAUUCAAAUAUCAGUAAGUAAAGAACAUAAAAUAUAUGUUCGCUGUUUAUAAUUGUUUAAUAUAUCGUUAACUAUAUUUAAAAAAUGAUAUUUAUUUGUAAAACAAUUUUGUUAACGAAUUAAAUACUUUUCGCCGAUUGAAUAUACUUAGAGGAUAGUUUGUAAUCUUUACAAAAUAUUUGUGCACUCUACUUUUAUCUUAUGCUUUUAAAAUGUAUAUUUUCUUUACACCUAUUAAAUUUUUUUUAGAUAAAACUAAUCUAGGUACCACGCAAGGUUGUAAAGACGUUUUUAGUCAUCUGCUAGUUACCAGUUGUGUGAUUUAUAAGUUAGUUCCAAUAUGCAAAUCUUACGCCAUCCUAAUAGAUUAUUAUUAAUAUGUUCUGUAGGGUGUGUGUUUUUGCCUUUUAGUGAUUUUAAAGUGAAAUAAAACAAAAAAAUAAAGUUAAAAUCUUCUGUCGUGACCUUUUGGCAAAUUUCCCAUUUAGGGAAUAAGCUGUUUUUAUUUUAUAUGCCGCUUUUGUGCCAUUAGGGUUUAACAGUCAUUCUAAAUUCUAGGUAUAUAAUUACAAUUAAAAACCUCCCUAUAUUAUAUUUGUUCUUUUAGAAAUUUAAGUAGGCCUAUUACAAAUUUAAAUUUUGUUUGUUUUCUAACAUUUUAGUAAAUUUCUACCCUUAUUCUUUCUAGAUUUGUUCUUUUAAUCUUGAUCAUGCAUUUCUAUACAUAUAUUUCUGUGAUAUGGACGUUUUGUGAUGCCUUGCGAUCAUUCCAUAAGUCAAUUGUAAUCACUAUGUAGAAUAUGAAUAUGAACAUGCCAUUGUAAGUUACCUGAAUUUAUAAUGUAAACCAAUGGAAUGAUGUAUGUAAUAACAAGAAACCAUCUUUACCCUUUGCUCCACACAGGUUUUUCAUUUGUGCAAAACUUGUAUUCUACAUUCUGGAUAGUGUAUCUUAAAAAUAUAACUGUAUUUACCAAUUUUAUUGUAAUCGUAUAAUUUAAGAAACUGUGCUCCAUUACUUUUAUGUUGAUGUAAACGUUAGGUAUUAUUAGUAAAUGUGCAAAUUGUUGUUAUAAUUUAUAGUUUGGUUAGUUCAUUGAUUAUUUUUAAAUGUUUAAGAAAUAUAUGUUAUAAAUUGUGUUAUACUUUUUGAAUUAAAGUUUAUUUGAAUG